GGACACCGUCCGGAGGGUGCUCUGCGGCGGGGGCCGGGAUGCUUCCGCACUGUUUCGACCGGACCGCCGUGCCGGAACACCCUUAUCAGAAGGAUCGGAGUUAGAGAUGGUAGUAGACUCGGAUCUCAGUCGGCCUUUUCGGGUCGUAAAUCCGAACCGAGAAAUCCGAGCAACACUCGUAAUAAAUAUGUCUACGAGCGCGAAUGUGAAACGACCUCCGUCGUUUCGGAAGGCCUGCCCUUUCGGACUCAAUGGCCAGCAAGAUGCCACGGUUCGAAGAACUGUGGCGAAGUACACGAUAGUGCUGAGCUCUAUCACGCUGGAGGCAACUGAGUCGCUCCUGGACGAAUAGCCGAUGUCCUGCGGACGCUUGGAACGAGAGCUCAGAGUUCUCACAGAAGCGAUCGCAUCGUUGGUCAAAUCGCCAAGAUCCUGGACGGUUACUCGAAAAGAGAGAGAACUCCAAAGGAGACGGCCAUGCCGCUCCUGAUAGCCAAGGUCCUCGACGGACGCUUGGAAAGAGAGUCACCCGUUCCAUACGGAGGCGACCAAAACCCGGCUCCUGACUCGUGGCAACGCAGAAAACUCACAGCUGAACACAGUAGAUUCUAACCAUAAAGCCUCACAAACCCAGCAGAGUAUAUCGACACUGCCUUCUACUUAGGAGAGUUGUAUAUUGCGGUGGUUCGAAUCUAUACUACACGCCAAAACUGCAUUAGGAAAGCCUAGAAGAAAGCAGGUCGGGGUAAGGAUGGGCGCUACAAGUCGCGCACAGACCAGACACCCCAGAGAUUGCCACAAUUUGCGUUGGGUCAUGCGAAGGCGUAUUGCUUGCUAUCGCGCUCAGUUUAUCACCCGGGCGGCCAAAUCUUAGCUGCGAGCAGUAGAAUCGGUGAACGCGUCGCGUAGCGGCUGCGAAUGGCACUAGUGGCUACGCGCGGGGCGCCGGCGGGAACACCGUGUGCUCGCCUGCGAGAAACCAACGGGAGCCAGGCCGUCCGCCACGCAGCCCCGACUCGAUGACUAUAAUAAUGCAUGGUGCGGCAAUGCGAAUGAAUGUCGUUCUUUACAUUUCCGAACAUAUGUCAUAGUGUUAAUAUAUCGACCAAUGCAAGACUGUCUUGUACAAUUAUUAUGUGAUUGUAGCUACAUGAUAUAAUUAUGAUAGGUAAUUAUACAGAAUACCCCCCUCACUUCCGAUAUCGACGAAAAAAUAUUUAAUCGACGCGUUUUUGCAAGAGAAACAACUUUUCUAUUUGAAAAAAUCGCUCUGUCUUGUGGAGCGAGAUAUUAAUUGUUAAAGUUGACGGCAAUUUAGGUUAGAAAAUCUGUCACAUUGACAAAAUGUUUCGACAGAUACAUGCCCCGCGAUGUUAUGCGCAUGCCCUGUGGUCACGUGCAUGUUCAGUGGCUACGUGCGCAUGCUUGAGUGCACGAAAUUUGAAAUGUACGAUGCAAAAACAAAUGAAGUGCUACAUAAUUGUAGUAACAUUAAUAUUAUUCAGCUCAGCACAAUGUUAAGCUUCUUACAAUUUGGACAUUUGAGUGAAUGUAAUGAGAAGCUAAUAGAUUUUUUAAUUCAGCAUGGUGUGUUGGCAGCUACAAUUAAGUGUACAAAAUGUGGCAAUGAUAUUAAUCUAAAUAAAGAAAGAUUAAUAUAUCGAUGUAGAAAACGGUACUAUGUAAAAAAUGUACAUAAGAAACGUGUAUUAAAAUAGUGCGAUACAGAUAAAAGUGCGAAAGCAGUGGUUCGGAGACAGUAAUCUUGACGUACCAACAGUAUGCAAAAUUGUUGCAUGUUUUUUAAUGUUAAGAUUUCUACGUCAAGAUGACACCCAGGAUGAAAAUGGCGUUGCGUCACCGACCACGAUUGUUGACUGGUUCAAUUUUUGCCGAGAGGUCUGUGUGUUUUGGGCUGGCAAGCAUAGCAAGAAGCUUGGUGGCCCAGGACGCAUAGUCGAAAUCGAUGAAGCAAAAAUUGGCAGAAGGAAAUACAAUCGUGAUCGGCUUUUGCGAGGUCUUUGGAUUUUUGGAGGGUAUGAACGAGACACGAAGACGAUUUUCAUCGUUCCCAUACAGGAUUGGACGGAAGAGACACUCUUGGCAUGUGUCAAAGAGUGGAUUUUGCCAAGAACAACUAUUAUAUCAGAUUGUUGGAAGUCUUAUAAUUGCUUAAGCAAUGAAGGCUUCCAACAUCUGACUGUAAACCACUCUUAUAACUUUGUCGAUCCUGAAAGUGGUGUGCAUACACAACAUAUAGAGCGUGUUUGGAGAGAAGUUCGCAGAAAUAUUCCAAGAUAUGGUAGUACUAGAGAAUAUCAUGCCUUAGGAUAUUUGUGUGAAUUUCUUUUCAAACGCGCUUUGGAACGAAUUGAAAACUUCGAUGUCAUCGCGGAAUUAUAUCCUCCAAUAUUCAUUUCCGAAAAUCAGCUAGAAACAUCUGACGAGCCAUGUACCAGCACUACAUAAACACGUUUCUUAUAUACAUAUUUUAGUACCGUUUUCUACAUACAUUAAUGUUUUUUAUAUUCAUAUUAUUGCCAUAUUUUCGAAACUUAGUUGUAGCUGCCAACACUGA